AGCAUGGCCAGAGCCUCCGCCGUCCUGCUGUCCCUCAUUCUGCAGCUCGCGAGCUGGACACUGGCCCCGGGGACCGGCCGAGGUGGGGCUGUCUCCAGGGAGCCCCUUGGCUUUGCUGACAUCCACGACUACCAGUCAGAGGGGCCAGCCCACUCCUCAGCCCCUGCUGGGGUCCCCGAGGAACGGUGGCGCCCCCUGGAGGAGCGGCUGGAAAGGCUGGAGGCUGAGGUCACGGAGCUCAGAGAACAGAACAAGGAUCUGCAGGGCAGGGUGACGCAGCUGGAGUCCUGUGAGUGCCACCCGGCUUCCCCCCAGUGCUGGGGGCUGGGCCGGGCCUGGCCCGAGGGGGCUCGCUGGGAGCCCGAUGCCUGCACAGCCUGCGUCUGCCAGGACGGGGCUGCAAACUGUGUCCCCAAGCCCGGCCCGGCCCGCUGCCAUGGCUGCAGCCACAAUGGUCAGGCCUAUGGCAAUGGGGAGACCUUCACCCCAGAUGCCUGCACCACCUGCCGCUGCCUGGAAGGAGCUGUAACUUGCACCCAGAAGCCAUGCCCAAGAGGACCCUGCCCAGAGCCAGGAGCAUGCUGCCCACACUGCUGCCCUGGAGGCCACAGAGAUGGGGAAAUGUGGCAAUUGGAGCGCUGUGUUAUCUGCACCUGCCAGGCAGGGACAGUGCGGUGCCAGGGGCCCUCAUGCUCAGAGCUCAACUGCCUGCAGAGCUACACCCCACCUGGGGAGUGCUGCCCCGUCUGCCAGCCAGGCUGUGAGUAUGAGGGGCAGCUUUACGAGGAAGGGGCCAACUUCCAGUCCAGCUCCAACCCUUGUCUCCAGUGCUCCUGCCUGAGGAGCCUGGUUCGCUGCGUGCCCAUGAAGUGCCCGCCCAUCCCCUGCUCCGAGCCAGUCCUGAGGCCUGGGCACUGCUGCCCAACCUGCCAAGCUCAAGGCUGCACAGAAAAUGGUUCUCACUGGGAGCAUGGCCAAGAGUGGACCACCCCUGGGGACCCCUGCCGGAUCUGCCAGUGCUUGGAGGGCCACAUCCGGUGCCACCAGCGGGAAUGUGCCAGUCUGUGCCCAUACCCUGCCCGGCCCCUCCCGGGCACCUGCUGCCCAGUGUGUGAUGGCUGUUUCCUAAAUGGGCGGGACUACCGCAGCGGGGAGCCCGUGGGCUCUGGGGACCCCUGCUCACACUGCCGUUGUGCCAAUGGGAGUGUCCAGUGUGAGCCUCCGCCCUGCCCACCCACGCCCUGCAGACACCCAGGCAGGACCCUGGGGGAGUGCUGCCCUGUCUGUGACAGCUGUGAGUACCAGGGACACCAGUAUCAGAACCAGGAGACAUUCCAACUCCAAGAGAGUGGCCGCUGUGUCCGCUGCUCCUGCCAGGCUGGCGAGGUCUCCUGCGAGGAGCGCGAGUGCCCAGGCAUGCCCUGCACCCUGCCUGACUCUGGCCCCCAGCUCUGCUCAGUCUGCGUGCUUGAUGGAGAGGAGUUUGCUGAGGGUGUCCAGUGGGAGCCUGAUGGCCAGCCCUGCACGACCUGCUCCUGUCAAGCUGGGGUACCUGUGUGUGGGACUUUGCUCUGCUCCCCAGCUCCCUGCCAGCACCCCACCCAGCCCCCGGGUGCCUGCUGCCCCAGCUGUGAGAGCUGCACUUACCACGGCCAGGUGUAUGCCAAUGGGCAGAACUUCACAGAUGCAGACCCUUGCCACACCUGCCACUGCGAGGAUGGGACCGUGACAUGCUCCUUGGUCAACUGCCCUCCCACAACCUGUGCCAGGCCUCAGAGUGGACCGGGCCAAUGCUGCCCCAGGUGUCCAGACUGCGUCCUGGAGAAACAGGUGUUUUUGGAUGGUGAACGCUUCUCGCAUCCCCGAGAUCCCUGCCAGGAAUGCCAGUGCCGGGAAGGCCAUGCCCACUGCCAACCCCGGGUCUGCCCCCGGACCUCCUGUACCCACCCUCUGCCUGGUGUCUGUUGCCAGAACUGCAAUGGUUGUGCCUUUGGUGGGAAAGAGUACCCCAACGGGGCCGACUUCCCCCACCCCUCUGACCCCUGCCGUCUGUGUCACUGUCUGGGAGGCACCGUAAAGUGCCUGGCGCGCCGCUGCCCGCCCUUGCCCUGCCCAGAGCCGGUCCUUCUGCCCAGAGAGUGCUGCCCACAGUGCCCAGCCGCCCCCUCGGGCUGCCCUCUGCCGGGGGGCUUGGUCCCCGCCCGCCACCAGGAGCACUUCUCCCCGCCCGAUGACCCCUGCCGCCGCUGCCUCUGCCUGGACGGCUCGGCGUCCUGCCAGAGACUGCCCUGCCCGCCCGUGCCCUGCACCCACCCGCGCCAGGGGCCCUGCUGCCCCUCCUGUGACGGCUGCCUGUACCAGGGGAAGGAGUUCGCCAGCGGGGAGCGCUUCCCUUCGCCCACUGCCAGGUGUCACAUCUGCCUCUGCUGGGAGGGCAGCGUCAGCUGUGAGCCCAGGGUCUGUGCACCUGCCCAGUGCCUGUUCCCUGCCCGGGGUGACUGCUGCCCUACCUGUGACGGCUGUGAGUAUCUGGGGGAGUCCUACCUGAGCGGCCAGGAGUUCCCGGAUCCCCGUGAGCCCUGCAACCUGUGUACCUGCCUCAGAGGCUUCGUGACCUGUGGCCGCCGGCCCUGUGAGCCCCUGGGCUGCAGCCACCCGCUCACCCGAGCUGGGCACUGCUGCCCGACCUGCCAGGGAUGCCUCUAUCAUGGGGUCACUGCUGCCCCUGGAGAGACCCUUCCUGACCCGUUAGACCCUGCCUGCUCGCUCUGCACCUGCCAGGAAGGCUCCAUGCGCUGCCGGAAGAAGCCGUGUCCUCCGGCUCUCUGCCCUCGCCCCUCUUCAGGACCCUGCUUCUGCCCCGUUUGCCACAGCUGCCUCUCUCAGGGCCAGGAGUACCAGGACGGGGAGGAGUUUGAGGGGCCCGCAGGCAGCUGCGCGCGCUGUCGCUGUGAGGCCGGCCAGGUCAGCUGUGUGCGGCAGCGCUGCCCGCCCCUGUCCUGCCCGCUCCAGGUCACGGAGCAGGGGAGCUGCUGUCCUCGCUGCAGAGGCUGCCUGUUUCAUGGGGAGGAGCACCCCGAAGGCAGUAGCUGGAAGCCCCCUGACAGCCCCUGCUCCUCCUGCAUGUGCCAUGAGGGUGUCAUCACCUGCGACCGCGUCCAGUGUGUCACCUCCUGUGCCCAGCCCCACCAGGGGCCCAGUGACUGCUGCCCUCGAUGCUCUGACUGUGAGCAUGAGGGUCGGAAGUAUGAGCCGGGAGAGAGCUUCCAGCCCGGUGCAGACCCCUGCGAAGUCUGCGUCUGUGAGCUGCAGCCUGAGGGGACACCCAGCCUGCGCUGUCACCGGCGGCAGUGCCCCCGCCUGGUGGGCUGCCCCGCCAGCCAGCUCCUGACCCCAGGGCCCCAGCAAUGCUGCCCUGCCUGUGCCGAGGCGCUGAGCCACUGCACAGAGCACCUGCUGGGGUCUGAGUUGACCCCACCAGACCCCUGCUACACCUGCCAGUGCCAGGACCUGACUUGGCUCUGCAUUCACCGGGCCUGUCCUGAGCUCAGCUGUCCCCUGCCUGAACACUACAUACCCCCUGGGAGCUGCUGCCCUGUGUGCCAGGAAUGUGUGGUGGAGGCUGAGGGCCGGACAGUGGCGGAUGGAGAGAGCUGGCGGGACCCCAGCAACGCCUGCGUCUCUUGCACCUGCCAUCGGGGCCACGUGGAGUGCCGCCUGGAGGAGUGCCAGGCGCUCACCUGCCCGCGCGGCUGGUCGAAGGUGCGGGAGGCUGGCAGGUGCUGUGAGAGGUGCCAAGCCCCCGCCCCGUCGUGCGCGCACCAGGGCCGGCAGGUGGCCUCCGGAGAGCGCUGGGACGUGGACGCCUGCACCAACUGCUCCUGCGUGGCAGGCACCGUGCGCUGCCACAGCCAGCGCUGCCCGCCGCUCUCCUGUGGGCCCGACGAGGCCCCCGCCCUGAGUCCCGGCAGCUGCUGUCCCCGCUGCCUGCCCCGGCCCGCUUCCUGCAUGGCCUUCGGAGACCCUCAUUACCGCACCUUCGACGGCCGCCUGCUGCACUUUCAGGGCAGCUGCAGCUACGUGCUGGCCAAGGACUGCCGUGGCGGGGACUUCAGCGUGCACGUGACCAACGAUGACCGGGGCUGGAGCGGCGUGUCCUGGACCCAGGAGGUGGCUGUGCUGCUGGGAGACGUGGCCGUGCGGCUGCUGCAGGGCGGGGCGGCCACGGUGGAUGGGCGCCCUGUGGCUUUGCCCUUCCUGCAGGAACCGCUGUUCUAUGUAGAGCUUCGGGGACGCACGGUGGUGCUGCACUCCCACCCGGGGCUCCAGGUGCUGUGGGAUGGGCAGUCCCAGGUGGAGGUGAGAGUGCCUGGCUCCUACCGGGGCCACAUGUGUGGGCUCUGUGGCAACUUCAAUGGCUUUGCCCAGGAUGACCUGCAGGACCCUGAGGAACUGCUCCAGUCCACUGAGGCUGCGUUUGGGAAUAGCUGGCAGGUCCCAGAGGGCCCAGGACCUGGUCGGCCCUGUUCCAAGGGCCGUGAGGUGGAUCCAUGCCGGGCAGCAGGGUACCGUGCCAGGCGUGAGGCCAACGCCCGGUGUGCGGUGCUGAAGUCCACCCCGUUCAGCCGCUGCCAUGCUGUGGUGCCACCAGACCCCUUCUUUGCCGCCUGCGUGUAUGACCUCUGUGCUUGCGGGCCCGGUUCCUCCUCUGACGCCUGCCUCUGUGACGCCCUGGAAGCCUAUGCUAGCCACUGUCGCCAGGCAGGGGUGACACCGGCCUGGCGGGGCCCCACACUCUGUGUGGUGAGCUGCCCCCUGGACCGCGGCUUCGUGUUUGAUGAGUGUGGCCCACCCUGCCCCCGCACCUGCUUCAACCAGCACGUCCCCCUAGCAGAGCUGGCAGCCCACUGUGUGCGGCCCUGCAUCCCCAGCUGCCAGUGCCCGGCGGGCCUGGUGGAGCACGAGGCCCACUGUAUCUCACCCGAGGCCUGCCCUGCUGUCCUGCUCACUGGGGACCAGCUGCCCAGCACUCCGCGCCACCCCAGCCAGGAGCCCCAGGGGCCAACCUGAGCCAGGACAACACCGACCGGGACUCAUCCGGACAUGAAGUCUCCCCUUGGCGAGCACCUCCCGCCCUGCCUGGGUGCUGGGAGGCUGGGCAUGGCUCCCACAAAGACCCCAGCUGUGUUGCAUUGGAAACAGUAAACUCAGGCUCCACCCUGAGG